UCUUUUAGUCGUGAUCGUACGAGAAAAUGAGUCAGAAUGAGUACGAGUGCGCCCCCUGCGUGUGUGUUUAUGGAUGGUAAUCGCCACUGAAUAGUGUCAUGUGUGUGUCGUUCUAGCACUAUUUAGUAGCGGCCACACUGGGCUUUCUCUGCCAGGCCUACCGGCCUGGACCGAGCCGUGCCGGCGGACGGAGCAGCCGCUAGCCGAGUGUGUGUUCUUUUGAGCAGUUCUGUUGGCUGUGUUAUUUACCAAGACUGUUACUAGUUACUGUUCAGGCUGAAUGUCAAGAUGAGUAAAUGCAUACAAAUGAGAGGAAGGACAUGGUGAUGAAGAAGUCCUUGAUGGUCUCCCACCAAGCUGGGGUUCCCAGGCAUCUUCAAGUGAAUCAUCUGGUUCCAGUAGCAGCGGACAUCAACCUGGUGCAGAUUCAUCAAGCGAGGGCAGUAUAACAGACAGCCUCGACAUGGGACUGGGGGAUAUACAGCCAGAUAGUCUUGCAGGUCCGAUGGGUUGGCUGCAGAAGCAGAUGAUGUCUGGUACCAAUCCAAGAUCUAUCUUAAUGAGGAUCAUUCCAUCAGGAAUGACUAUUCCAGAUGACAUGGAUGAGUUUGAGAUGUGGUCCAUCAUUGCAGAGUACCUCCGCUCCAUCGACGAACCGCCCCCAAGACAGAAGCUGGAGCAGUACAACACUUUCGAUGAUGCCAUCCAACUCCUGAAUAGCUGCAAAAAUAUACUGGUCUUAACUGGUGCAGGAGUGUCUGUGUCCUGUGGGAUCCCAGACUUCCGAUCCAGAGACGGAGUGUAUGCCCGUCUGGCAGUGGACUUCCCAGACCUGCCCGACCCACAAGCCAUGUUUGAAAUCAGCUACUUCCGCAAAGACCCCAGACCAUUCUACAAGUUUGCCAAGGAGCUUUUCCCAGGGCAGUUCAAACCCUCACCUAGUCACAAGUUCAUCUCUCAGCUAGAGCAGCAUGAUAAACUUCUCAGAAACUACACACAGAACAUAGAUACAUUAGAACAGUGUGCAGGGAUCACAAGAGUUAUACAGUGCCAUGGAUCCUUUGCUACUGCGACAUGUACCCGUUGUGGUCUUCGUGUGGACUCAGAUGCUAUCAGAGAAGAUGUCUUUAACCAGGUUGUUCCUGUUUGUCCCCAGUGUGGUCCAGAUACCCCAGAGAUGGCCGUACUGAAGCCAGAUAUAGUUUUCUUUGGUGAGGGUCUUCCAAACCACUUCUAUGACAAGCUUAAUGAUGACAAAGAAGCAGCGGAUCUGCUUAUCGUCAUGGGGUCUUCUCUGAAAGUCAGACCUGUUGCAACCAUCCCAAGUCUGCUUCCAAAAGAUGUGCCUCAGAUUCUGAUAAACAGGGAACCACUGCAUCACUUGAACUUUGACAUCGAGUUGCUAGGCGACUGUGAUGUCAUCAUCAAUGAGAUCCUCCACCGACUAGGGGAUGGCUGGAACCACGUGUGCCAGUCCCAGCAGAGACUUACAGAGACCACUGACAUUCCGAAUAUACCCAAGCCCAACAAAGAAGUGCAUACAUUGCUAGAUAAAUCAGGGUCUACUGUAGAAGAGAAACCCAAUGUAACAAGCGCACUUGUGAAUGAGGAAUCUGAAUCAAAGCCAGUAGUUGUGAAAUCGGAAGAUGAUUCAGAGAAGUCUGUUAGUUCUUUCAAGGAGGAAGGUCAGGUUUCUGGUGGUGAUGAUAAAGUAGAGGGAUCUGAUGUUGGGGAAGAUGACAGAUAUGCCAGUUCAAACAGCCAGAAGUCUCCAAUCUUGCCAGGAGAAAAUGUAAAACAGAGUUGUGAUGAUAGACCUCAUUCUGUUGAUGAUCAGUCUUCAGCAGAACAUCGUAAUGGCUUUACCAAUGAGUGUAAGCUUCACACUGACCCGAUGCCUCAUUCCCAAAGUAAGUCAGGUGAUUCCUCAUCAUCAUUGACAGACAGGUUACAGGGCACUGAUGAAGAUGGCAAUGCCUUGGUGUCAAGCGAACCACAAACAUGCAAAACUGGUUCCACCGAUUCGUCGCUAGCUCAAACUGCACAGGGUAAGACUGUGCAAAGUGAUAGCGCUGCCGAGGCGUACAUGCUCUUUCAAAGAACGUUAGACUCGAUAGGGAACUCGUCCAAAGAUGCAGGGACCAUUGAUGUCAAGGGCAGCAGCGACCAAGUAAUUAAACAUGAACCAGGUAGUUCUGAAUCUCUUGAUGAUGGUGAUUGGAAAGAACCAAGCUCUGAUGUGAAAACAGGAGCAGUAGGAUUAGGUAUUGAUGACUCUGACAGGACUAAGUCGCAAGACACAAAAGAUGAUUCUGCCUCCGAAGCAGCAGCCAAUGAUGGCUCAUCGAGUGAGACUCCUGUAAAUCAGAAAGAGGAUACUAGUCUUGCCCAGGACUCUGAAACCAAGCCAAGUCCAUCCACAUCUGCUGCAACCAAAGCACCCCGGGAAACCAUUGCGACUCACCUCAAAGAAUCAACGUAUCUCUUCAUCCCGCCAAUGCGCUAUGUAUUCCACGGUGCAGAGGUGUACCUUGAUGAGGACGAUGAUGACCUGGAAGGCCUACACAAUGAUAUGGGCAUGGAUGACCUUCACAAUGACCUUGAGAAUGGUGACUUUCAUACCGACUUUCACAGUGAUCUUCACAACGGUGAUGAGUUGCCCGAUUUGUUGGACGAGGAUCACGUGUCUGCUAAAGAGAAAGCUGUGUCGAUAGACGACCUCACACCAACCGUUCCCUUGACAAACAAGGAGCCCGGCCAUUGUGUUUUCAGUCAUUCAAUAUCUAAAGAACAGUUUCUCCUGCAAUCGAACGGAAGAGAUGGAUCCCCUUUUGAAGCUCCAACUGCUGAAUCUGCAUACACAAAUAUAGGGUUCCCUGAGACGCCGUAGCAAAAUCUAACUGCCUUUCGUAUUUUAGAAAUUCCAUCAAACUGCAACAGACUGUUGAUACAGCGCAGUCUCAUUUCUCUCUCUGUCUGUCUCUUUCUCUUUGCCUCUCUCUUUCAUUGCAUGACAGGACGAUUACAAAUCUAGAAAUGGGUUGUAUACUUACCAAUAGCAUAGGGAUAUUUCUUUCUGUAAUACAAACACAUUGCAAGGAUGUAGCUGACUACUGGGCCCUUUAACAUAAAGCGCUACAAUCAAUAUUUACAUUCAAUUUUACAAUAAUUUAAUUUUUGUACACGUUGGACUGAGUCAAAAUUGAUAUAAAUGAUCGUAUAAUUACAGGGCCCUUGUCAUGCAAAACAAUCAGUUACAGAAUUUGUCGUGAGAGCUACAGGACCUUGUCAUAAUAAUGAAAUCAUGAUCUUAAGUGUGGCACUCUUCUCGGUGGACAAGUCAGAAAAGAAAUCUUUGGCGUGUCUACUCAUUUAUUUUUUUCCUUCAAAGCUUUAAUAUCUAUAUGAGUGAUGUUUUGGGGGGACUCGGGUUUGAAAACAUAUCUAUUUGUAGAAGAAACUGUUGUGGGUCAUUGUUUUUUUUUUUGCAAGCUGGGUCAUGGCAGUUGCUCUCAUCGCAACCUGGUAUACCGAUUCGAAGAUAAAUGAAAGAUCUGAAUAGGUUUAGUUCUUAACUACAGCAAUGAUAUUACAGUUUUCAUACUUCCAUGUCUUUCUUGUUUGGUAUUAUCUGGAGAGACGGAAGGGUAAUGAGUGACACUAGUUAAGUGGUAGUGUAUUCAGUAAAUAUCUGUAUUCAAAAUUGAUUUGUUAUAUGCUGUUUUAGGCAUAUGUCGAAGGAAGGUAUACGGGGUUAAAGGAAACCAAAACCCAAGAAGAGAAGCAAUCUUAUUGGAAAG